AUAGUUCAAGAGAAUGAUGUAGUCAAAGUCGUGAGAUAAAGGAAAUUUGGAGGAGAAACUCUAAACUUGAACUGGAUCUUCCAUAAAUUAUGCAUUAAGAAUCACUACAAAAAAACUAUUGCUAAAAACUGAACUUUAUAGUGUAAAAAAUGAACUUCAACAUAUGAGUGAAUUUAACAAAGAAUUUGACAUACAUUGAAAAAAAUAUCAUUGAAAGUCACCGAACUGUGGAGGACUAAGGUUUCAUCAAUAAAGCGUGUGUAUGAACACACGUGGGAUUAAUCUAUUUGUACACUGUUCUACCACUGGCUGAAGUCUAGUGGUGGAACAGUGGCACUGCAAAUAGAACCUGUUCUAGAAAGGUAGAAGCCAGAAAAAGUCCGCAACAUCAUCAACAGCUUCACAACUUGGCCAUCAAGGUGCCCCUGAAAUUCCGCUUCAUGUGUUUCCCAAUCGCCAUAGUGUGACAUUUCAGAUAGGAAAUAAUCUCAUGAUUUAAUGUUGGAAGGCUUAUUUACACUGCCGAUGCACUUUGCAAUGUUGGUCAGUUAAUCCUUUUUUCCUGAAUCACAUUUGCUGGUUUCUGGUGGUUUUGCCACUCGAUGCCUCAGCCAGACCCCUUCACACUCUAGAGAAUCCAAAUGCUUUUGUACAUUUUAAGUUUCGCUGCAUACGACUGAGUUGACAAAUAAGGAAGAGUUCCUGAAAACAGGGAAGCAGACUCUUGUUGUGUCUGCCAUCUUGUUGGGUGGGAAUCGUUUCUUCAUAGUUUCACACCUGCUUAAAACGACAAUGGUGAAGAACAGACUUGUUUACAUCGGUUUCUGCCUCUCUGUUCUUUCGGGUCACAUUCAGCGACUAUUACUAUGUCAACAUUAACUACAAAGUGCCUGGAUAACAGUUUGUUGGUGGUCAAGGCCAACAGAUAAGACCUUUCAUUCAUAGGUGACUAUGUGUGUGUGUUUGGGGGGGGGGCACAAAGCAAUGUUUCCCUAUGACUGACCUGUCUCGUGGUGCGCUUCCACCCAGUAGUCCGGGCCUGAAAGACUCCGGGUUCCUUUUCCCCCCUGGGCUCCCUUGCGUCCCCAUCGAGUACACUUUUAAGGGUAGUUUAAAGGUGCAGACAUUAGAAAUGUAGUAACGGAUAUAUAACAUUAGUAUGCAUAUAGAAACACACACAGUCGCUGCUGGAUCUAGAGGAAGAGGACAUGUCUCAUCCUCCAAAAGGAAGGAGCUGCAUCAAAUGAAACUAUUGGAAUCAAUAUGUUGCAAUAUUUCUGUUGUUUUAGGAGUUUUUUUAAACUUGCUGCUGCGAUGUCCGGCUGGACUCCCGCAGGAGGUAACGCUCUGCGCUGAACUUCUGCUGAGCACAGUGAUCCGUGAAAACAUUUCAUUCACUUGUUUUGGAUUCCAACUGCCACACAUGACUGAAAGCUUUUGUAAUGUAUUCACAAUAUUGGUCCCAUUGUCGAGACUCGGUACAGAAACGGACUCUUCAAUACCCCUUUUGCUCACUCACUGCCACCCAAACAGCGGCAUCUUGGGCGUGUCACAGGCUUUGGGAAACCUCUUCUGACUGCUCUCAGUGGUGGAAACGCCAAAAACUAAGACCCGCACCACUCGGUGGAAAAUGUUUGGGUCUAUGGCCACAGUUCCUAGAGAAGGAGUGUGGUACUGUAUGAGAAGUAUGAGGGGUCUGUGCAGGGUGCGAAUGUGGACUGAGGGACUGGAGAAGUCAAGACAGAUGAGUUCAUCAUCACAGCUUCUCCAACAUUCUGUUUGAUGUCAACACCACCAUUCAAUUACACCUGACUUCAUAUCCAUGUCUCAUCCACAGCCUGUAGCCAAGGGUCUGGUGUCUGUUGGGGGCGCUGAAACGCUCAAGACGAAACAUAUUUUCUCAUGUUUCUGUCACAAAUUUUGCCGUUAAUGUGCCCAUCUCUGAUGGUCUGGGUGGAACAACGCUUUGAUUCACCUGCUGCCAUGAUCAAUCCUGUUUUCUGUACUCCAUGAAUGAUUUUAUUGUUUAUCCAUGGGGCGGAACUUUGACUCAGUGUUGACGGUGAAUGUACGUGUGGCUGCUUGUGGAAUGUCUCCAGGCCGUCGCAUCUGGGAGCGGCGGUUGGCUUUUUGACACUUUUCAUCGAGUAAACAGAACUUCAGUUCAUUUGAUCGACAUAACAUUAAACAUUUUGAAAAAAAUAAGAUUACGACAUGAAGUCAUCACCAGGUUUUGGAGGCCAGAAACACCUCAGAGGUUUCGACAGUAAAGGAUUACUGCACCUAUUUACUUGAGCUGCUGCCCCUGCGACCCGACUUCAAACAUUUCUCGCAUUCGGCAGGUGAUAUAUUUUUUAUUUUCACCGGAUAAUUUUGUCAGUCCAGAGUUGCAGUAGUAGGUGGACCACCACCUGGACUGUCUCGUGCCUUGCUCAUGGGCAACAGUAGAGUAACCAACUUUCUUCUUGGUCGAUGAAUCCACGGUGCGUCAGAUUCGGGGGAAAGGCGGUAAAUGUGAUGCUGCUCAAUGAUGCGUUCAAAUACAGCUCGGAAACCGCAAAUGUUUCCUCCACCUGCUUCAGCGACCAUCCCGAAACGGCCACUAUUUCUUCCAAAAGCGGCCCUUCGAUUCAAAUGCAUUCUUUCUCAGAGACGCCUAGAAUUGAGAGUGACGCAGUCGAGCGUCUGCGGCUCCGCUGAGGACUGCGAGUGGGACAAAAUCCCACGUCGCCUGCGGCCCGUGAAGGCGUCAUAAGCGCGCACAGCGGAGGCAGGCCGGUGAUUUUCCACUGCCGCUCCAGUCUCCGGUCCCACCGCUGCUGGAGACAAAGGUCAGAAAGAGAGGCUUAUAAAUAGGGUACAAGAGGAUCCCGGAGACGCAGUCAGUCUCACGGACACCUGAGAACGCGGAGCAGACUCACGGACAAGGGAACGCGCGCACAAAGGAGAAUAAAAGGACAAAAAGCAAAUCACAUCUUCGCAGCAGAAUGGCUCAAAAAGAGAAGCUUCAGUGCCUGAAGGACUUCCACAAGGACACCCUGAAGCCGUCGCCCGGCAAAAGCCCCGGCACCCGGCCUGAGGACGAGGCAGAGGGCAAGCACCCGCAGCGGGAGAAGUGGGCCAGCAAGCUGGACUUUGUUCUGUCUGUGGCCGGAGGCUUCGUCGGUUUAGGGAACGUUUGGCGUUUCCCGUACCUCUGCUACAAGAACGGUGGAGGUGCUUUCCUCAUCCCCUACUUCAUCUUCCUGUUUGGCGGAGGUCUGCCCGUCUUCUUCCUGGAGGUCGCUCUGGGUCAGUUCACGUCGGAGGGCGGCAUCACCUGCUGGGAGAAGCUGUGCCCCAUCUUCACUGGUAUCGGUUACGCCUCCAUCGUGAUCGUGUCUCUGCUGAACAUCUACUACAUCGUGAUUCUGGCCUGGGGCCUCUAUUACCUGUUCCAGUGCUUUCAGCCGGAGCUGCCGUGGGCAAAGUGCAAUCAGCCCUGGAACACUGACCGUUGCAUCGAGGACACGUACCGCAAGAACAAAACCGUCUGGCUGGCAGUGAACGCCUCCAACUUCACCUCCCCCGUCACCGAGUUCUGGGAACACAAUGUGCUGGGAAUCACCAACGGGAUCGAGGAGAUCGGCUCCAUCAAGUGGGACCUGGCUCUAUGCCUGCUGCUGGUUUGGGUCAUCUGCUUCUUCUGCAUCUGGAAGGGUGUGAAGUCGACUGGGAAGGUGGUCUACUUCACGGCCACGUUCCCGUUCGUCAUGCUCAUCGUGCUGUUGAUCCGUGGAGUGACCCUGCCCGGUGCUGCCGAAGGCAUCAAGUUCUACCUUUACCCCGACCUGGCCCGUCUGAAGGACCCAGAGGUUUGGAUCGACGCCGGCACACAGAUCUUCUUCUCGUACGCCAUCUGUCUGGGGGCCAUGACGUCUUUGGGAAGCUACAACAAGUACAAAUACAACUGCUACAGGGACUGUUUGCUGCUGGGAGCCCUCAACAGUGGUACCAGUUUUGUGUCUGGCUUCGCAAUAUUUUCCGUCCUGGGCUUCAUGGCACAAGAGCAAGGGGUGGACAUUGCUGAUGUGGCAGAGUCAGGUCCCGGCCUGGCUUUCAUUGCCUACCCCAAAGCUGUGACCAUGAUGCCUUUCCCCACGCUCUGGGCUAUUCUCUUCUUCAUCAUGCUGCUGCUGCUGGGCCUCGACAGUCAGUUUGUGGAGGUGGAAGGGCAGAUCACAUCACUGGUGGAUCUGUAUCCGUCCUUCCUAAGGAAGGGUUACCGCAGAGAGGUCUUCAUCGCUAUCAUCUGCUGCAUCAGCUACCUGCUUGGACUCACCAUGGUUACCAAGGGUGGCAUGUACGUGUUCCAGCUGUUUGACUACUAUGCAGCGAGCGGUGUGUGCCUUCUGUGGGUGGCAUUCUUUGAAUGUGUAGCUGUCGCCUGGGUUUAUGGCGUUGAUAAUUUCUACGAUGCUGUUGAGGACAUGAUUGGCUACAGACCAAACCCUUGGAUGAAAUGGAGCUGGACAGUGAUCACUCCUCUUCUGUGCAUGAGCUGCUUCAUUUUCUCCUUGGUCAAAUAUAAGCCAUUGAAGUACAACAAACUCUACGAAUAUCCAGACUGGGCCAUUGGAAUCGGCUGGACCCUGGCCUUGGCCUCCAUGAUCUGCAUCCCCAUGGUGGUGGUCAUCAAGAUCAUUCGCUCUGAUGGACCCCUGAUCGAGAGGAUCAAGGCGGUGGCAGCUCCAGUUCGUGGCGGCGCCAGCUCCCGCCCGGCGGACCAUCGUGGCCCCAAAGAUCUGGCCUUCCCGCUGGACCCCAAUGGGAACAAGGGCCUGCUGCUGAAGGGCCCCAGUCACACCAUCGUAGAAACCAUGAUGUAAAGAGGUGGAGUCUCUCCAUGAGAACGCUCUCCCUCUCGUCCUCUUUGCUUCCUUUAGUUGUGUCUCGCUGUCUGUCUGGUGGACUCGACGGGUUUCAAAGGAUCCACUCUCAAAUCUUUCAAGGUGCUCUGGAGGCAGAGAUUCCUAACGCCGAUGAUCGCGUCCACACGAUUGGCUAUCAGUUCUUCAACUUCAGUUGUGUGGACAUUUUUUUUAAGCUAGCUAACAAUCGCUGAUCUGAAAUGAGACCAAAUGAGUCUGAAUCAAAAAGAUGUUCAUGACCAGUGGGAAAAAAAAAUGGUUCAGUGUUUUAAAAAGCCUGUUGUGUCGUCGACACGCAGGUUCUCGACGUGCCAACCGGUAGGUUCUGGUCCACACAGGUGGGUUCAGUUCAUUGAGUCUUAAAUCUGCGGCAAGUGAACUUCCUCAACGUGAAACAAUCAAAAAAUUGACCCGGGCCGCUGCAGUAUUUUAGUGUUGAAUGUAAACCCCGAUCCGACCAGGACGCUGGUUCUUAAAUGCACCUUAAGGUAUUGACGAUCGCCGUCCAUGAGAGGUCUGGGUAUCUAAAGGAUUUGAGAUGUUGGAGCCCCGCGAGUGUUUCGUCUGUGGUGACUGUAGUAGCUGCUCUCUAUAUCGAUCUCUGUUCUAGACCCGUUAGCGACUCUUAGCGACCCGGCUUCUUUUCUUCAGAGGACGUUUCUGUGACUCUGUUUUUUAUUGCGACUAUAACGUUGUUGAUAUUGGUAGUUUAGAUGAAGGAAACGCUUCUUUCAGACGGUGAAAAUGUUCCGCUGAUUAUUAUCGUAGUCAACCUCCCGCUCGCGUCUCAGGACGUGAGCCGCGUGUAGGCGCGGACGUCUUCUGUGUCAGUGUUGGAACUCCGUUGCUUCUGUGUUCUGUAUAUUCCAGGAGAUGGCACGUCGUCCAGGCGAUUCAGCGCCAGUUGAGUCCGAUCAUUUUACGUAUCAAGAGGGUUGCACGGUGUCGUGGGAUUUCAUAAAGAAGUCCAACUUCAAGGCGUCGAUUUUACUACAUUCUUUGUGAUCUAUAUUUAAUCUGACCUUUAGCAUGACCGCCAUCAAACCCUAGCUUGUGUUCUGGUUUUCUGAUUUCGGUGAUUCCUCUUAAACAUUUAACGCAAAAUAAUUUUGUGGUUGUGCGCUAUCAUUUAAGUCGUCACGUCAAUCGAGUGGAAACACUAAAUUGCCACCAUGUUCGCACCACGGUUCACUCCGGCAAAAGUGCUCAUCUCGGUAGCUAGCAUGUCAUGACGUCAGCUCUCUAGUCAUCUCGAACUACCAUGACUCAAAUGGAUGAGUGACAAUAACAAAAGCAAUAUGGUGAAAUUUGGAGACGACAUGAUGAAUGAUAAAUUCAACAUGCAACUUUGAUGAUAUCAGCCGGAUCAAAGACGUUUAGUUACACAGCCGACUCCUUGCUCUUGUAAAUCAUCGCUGUCGUGUCCCAAGUGCAGUUACCUUUCUUGCCCUUGUGGCCGACGGUGUUGUGCUCUGCCUUGUUUAUCCUGCACCUUAGCUGUGUAUUUUGGCCAUUAGAAGCCAAAAACGAAACCACUGCCAUCGUAAUCAGGGAGCGUCAUCAUCUGGAGCUGUGUCGGCCAAACAUCACACAACAUUAGCUUUGAUUUGAAGUCACUGUCUUAAGCCUUGAGCUCGGACACAACCCACCUCCACCCAUACUCCCAUCAUGUAAUGUGACUUUCGCUGCAUGGGAGACUGAAACGACGCAAGAAGAAGUGCUUUAAAAAACAGUCCGGUCAACACAAAUGUUUGAGGGUUAGAAACCCUCUUUCCACCUCCAGUGAGCACAAUGCAGAGAGCAUCAAUUCCUCGUACCCUUUUUGUUAGCAUGUGAUGCUAACGUUGAUGCAGAAGCAAUGAUGCAGUGGACUCGUUCAGUGCCGCCAUCAUUUCCUUGAGCUGAUGUGGUGUCGUGUUUGGAAGGCGUCGGAUCAGUCAUAUCACGGACUCGUGUUUUCAUCCAGUGUUUAAUGUCGAGUUGUUUUACGGAUUUUUAUCAAGCGUGAUAUCACCAGUAUAUUUGUGCACUUAUACAAUAGUAGUUAAGUAAGAUGUCUGUUAAGAGCUUCUGUUUCACUUUUAAUUGACAACCAAAAAAACAUUUCGUUUUUUAAAAGACAGUGCUCAUUUUCUUGAUUCUUAAAUCUUAUCAUAAUGACAAGUUGGACCAGAGCGGAUCGUGCUCUGGAUCUCGGCGUCAUGUGUGAUCCUGCUGCUGAAGAUCUGUUCUUCUAUCUUCUAUUGUUGACCUACAGAAGCUUGCUUCUUCUUGUCACAUUUGCCUGAUGUAUUCAAACCAUCGACCCCGACGUGUUCAACCUCCUUCGACAGACUGUGAUGUGCAAUAGACCCUCACUCUGUGAUGUGUUCUCCAAAACAAAAUGAAGAAUUGAAACCUCCUGCUGGCGAAUUCCGAACCGUUCCAGAAACAUGGAAGCUGUGUCAUGGGAGCUCUGAAUUUGCACUGAAAUCGAAAUUUGCUACUGAGAUGGUGUUUUUACAUUUAUGUGUUCUGAGUGUGAGACUGAAACGCAGCACCACUGCCACCAAGCCCGACUUCAUGUCUUUAUGCUGUUGUCGCUGUCUACAGUGUUGUACAGAACUUCACGCUCCUCGUCCCGGUGGUCAGGCAGCAACUUGUGGGUUUGCUAAGGUCCUCUACGCUUGUACUCUGAAGUAUUAAGAGUCUUCUCUAUGAGUCACAGUAUUUGUCGAGAACACCUAAAAACCUGUUUGAAGACACUCUUCAAUCUUUGACGUGUAACCAGUGUCAGACGUACCGUUCCUGAGUAACUUGUGUCUUCGGCGGCGCCGGGAGCGAUGGGCAGUACUUCUGAAAAGCCUGUGUUGGAUCUCUGAAGGCAGUUUCUAGAAAGCAUUCCAACUAGAUGGUUUGCGACUGGAUGAAGGUCUGCCCACCCUGGUUCCUCUUACUACCAUCAAGUGUGGACCUCCAGUUUCUUGGACGUGGGUUCUGCUGGUGUCUGAGCAAAACUGCUUUUGCAGACCAUGAAGAUCUGUCAACCAGACCUGCGACAGGCGUUUCACCCCGAAGCUGCUCUCUGCUCCUUGGUUCUCCACUGAACUGGCUCUCUAGACACAGAUUCUUCAACAAGGCUGAGUCAGAGAAGCUGCCGGAGAAGUGACUAGUAGACGAAGUCAUAUCUCUGUUCCACCCAUCCCUGUCUCCCACCUCCUCCUCUCCUCCGACGACGUCCCUCUCCUGCACCACCCCCUUUUUUUCUUUUGUUGAAGAAUGUACACGGGAAAAUGUUUUUGUUUUGAAUUCUUUUGGAAGAAAAACAUUUUUAAUGACUUUGAAAGGUUUUUAUUUUUUAUUUGUAUGGCCAACCUGUCAGUUAGAAAACAUGUCAAACUAAAAAAAAAUGUGUUUGAUCAAGUUUUACACAUGUGUAAGACCUUUUUUAUUUCUUAAUAAAAUCAGAAAAUACCUUCA